CGUCGUCGUCGUCGAGUCCUCCGCCGCGCUAAACAAGGUCGUCUGGACCGGCGCUUAUUCGCAGUGUCAGAGGUCACGGUGUACGGGGUACAAACGCCCGACGAGCGCUGCGACUUCGGCGGUUGAUAAUCAGCGUCGUCUUCAUCGUCCUCGACGUCCACCUCGACGGUCUGUGCGGCGACGAGCUCGAUAGCACGAUGGCACACCUCCUACCCCCGCAUGGAGACCUCAACAUGGCGCAUUCAUCGCUCCAAUCCGCUCUGCAGAUCGAUCCCAAUCAGCAAUCCGCCCAGCAACCCGGACCCCCGCCGUCGACGAGCCGCAAGCGUAGAAAAGGAGAAGGUGACGAGCCUGCGCAACCAGCAGAGCCCCGACGAUUGCGGCGGUCGCAUGAGGCAUGCGCGCGGUGCAGGAGCAAGAAAAUCAAGUGCGACUCCAAGCAUCCGCGUUGUACCGCUUGUGCGACUGCAGGCACUCCAUGCCACCAAGAAGACAGGCAUCGCCAGACGCUUACCCCUCGCGGGCACACCGAGCGCAUCGAGCGCCAGCUUCUCCAGUGCGAUGCGCUGCUUAAGCGCCAUAACCCGGACUUCACCCUCGAGAACCUGGACGACAUCUGUGCGCGGGAGGGGAUCAACAUAGAGUACAGCGAAGCGGCAGUCACAGCGACCUUCCAGUUCACGGCGCAGCAGCAGGGCUCGCCGCCAGCAUCGGGCGCACGGCCGUAUCCACUCCGCAAUGAAGUACCACAACUACCCCCGGGCGGGUCGCCGCCUCGAUACCCACCGUAUCAUGGGCAGCCAAUGAUGCCGCCUUACGGACCUGGGCCGAUGAUGCCAUAUGGUCCUCCCCCGCCUGGUGUGUACCCUCCGCCUCACCCUCACAUGCCGAUGCAAGGCCCCCAUCCGGCGUACGGCCAGCACAUGUAUGUUGCUCCUGGACCCGGACCAGCAUUCCACCACCCCCUACAGCCUAAUGCGGGCCCCCAGCGGCCGUCGUCAUCACACGAAGUGAAAGGCCAAGACCCUCUGGCGCGCGACAUGUCCGAUACGCGGGCCCUUGUGAAGAGCUUUGGCGUGGACAUGGACAUUGUCGCGGGUGUGGAGCUACCGGCGCGCGAGAAAGAGGACCUCGCGGUGGGCUCAGGUGGACUGAUGUCUCGACGGGAUCAAGAGAUCGCAGAGCCACGGGACAAGUCCAAGUGGUUGACCGUCAAAGUGCGGCGCGACACCGCGACAUCGCAAAAGAUCUCAGUCUGGCUGCCGAAAGACCGCGGAAUGGUACAGCACAUCGUCGACAUUUACUUCACGCGGCUCAACUUCCACCGACCGGUAUUCUCGAGGCCCGAGUUCCAGCAGACGCUCGACGCGAUGUACGAGGCGCGCCAGGUACUGAACGAUCCAGGCUACAUUUGUAGCGUCUACCUCAUCCUCGCGCUCGGGACUCUAAGCGAGCUCAACGCGCGCUCGAAUGGCGUCGACAAGGAAGCUCUGCAGCCGCCGACAAGCCCGACGGCAUCCAAGAAGCUCAUGCCACCUGACUGGCCCGAACACGAAGAGUUUUUCGAGCGUGCGCUAGCUGUGAAGCCUGACCUACGGGUGGUGCUGUCUAGCCUGCAAGCGCUCAUCUUAUUACACUGGUACUUGUACACCGAGCGCACUGGACGGACCCUCUGGCGCCUGGUUGGCAGUCUCGUGCGGCUCGCCGUUGAGCUCGGGCUGCACCAUAGCCCUCUUUCGCAGUCACACAUCUUCACAGAGGAGGAGAUGCAGCUCCGGAUUCGGCUCUGGGCUAUCGUCGUGCUGCAUGACCGUGGCACGUCUAUUCUACUCGGCCGACCGCUGGCCAUCGCUCCGUCGGACUCCAAUACCCCUCAGCCGUCGCGCAGCAAGGACAUCUCGGAGCACUUCGUGUUGUCUGCGCCGCUCGUGGACAUUCAGGCGGACAUCAUCAACUCGCUGUACUCGCCGACACGGCAGAGCGCAGAUACCAUCAUGCGACACGCCGCACGCAUCAUGAAGAGCAUGGCGAGUUUCCGGAGUCAGCUGCCGGAGAGCUACAAGUGGUUCUUCUUGAAUAACCAUAACAUGCCUGAGGACCAGCGUGCCAAGAUCGUAGCGGAUAUCACUGAGGACCAGGGGCUGACGCUGCUGAAGAUUGGGAUUACGAGGAUCCUGCUGCUACGGGCGCUGUUCAGUGCGACGGAGCUCGGAUAUCAACCGCGCUUCCGUGCGCUAACUGACGCUGUCGUGACCUCGCACAACAUCAUCGUCGUGCACAACCAGCUGAUACGCUUCCCGGACAUCACGUUCUUCGUCUCGCCCAUUCCAGUGCACAUCGCGGCGAUGGUGAUGCUGUACGGGCAGAUGUCGCGCUGCUUCGAAGUGCCGCGCGACAACGUGAUUGCGGACGUUUGGAUGGCCGUCGACAUCCUACCCAAGUUCCGCUGGCGCUGGGAGAGGCGCGACGUGAACGGGGACCACUCCCUGAUUGAACGGCUCGCGGAGAAGGUGCUCAACGUGGAUCUGCGCACGGUGAAGCCGAUGUACCAGCCGAUGCUCAUCUGGGAGCGCGACUGGGACGACGUGUCGAUGUCGCCGCACGGCACGCCGACGACGAGCCCGACGGUGGGCCCCGCGUACCCCGGCGUGAAGGGGAGCCCGGGGCACAUGGGCGGGCUGCCGGGCACGCCUGUGGAGGGCAAGCAGAUGCCGGAGGUGCCUGGUGGACUGUUCUUCCCGUUCUACCCGGAGAACCAGGCGCCGCCGGGACACCAUGGCCCCCCGCCCCCCAACCCUGCUGGGAGCGGUGGCGGACAGGAGAUGCACACGCUGCUGGCGGCAGUAUCUGCGGCUCAGCCGUUGGGCACGUAUGCAUACCCACCGUCGCAGGAGUCGUACAUGUUGGAAGAGAAGGACACUGAAUCCGGUGGUCCGCCGCCGCAGACGACGCAUAUGUGGAUGCGUCGAUGAGCUGUUGGUGGUCUGGCGUGCUAGAUCGUUUUCUGUUGAGAUUAUCCUUA